CAACUCGUUUCUGGAUUGCUUGGAGGUCUCCAUGAUAAUCGCGUUGGGCUUGUUUAACGUCCAAGGCCUUUCUGGCAGGUACGAACUAAAAGGUAAGUUUUCCUAUUCACAUGAGUCUGCCUGGGUCCCGCUUCACGAACAUCAUCAUGCUCGAGGGGUUUCUGUCAUGAUCAUCAACGUGAAAACAGUGCUUGAUUGGCAAGGCAAUCAACCUAAUCCCUUCCACGGGAAAAGUAAAUAACGAGCAACGGGGAUAGCAUCCUCAACAAACUCGGCAGGAUACGUGUUGCACGUGCGGAUGAUAUAUACUCUACAUAUGGAGCAAAGAAAGGAGGCAACGAACAAUCAACUGUGCAAUGAUUGAUGAUCAAAUCCCAAACUCCCGUCAAGACCAAAUGGUGGACCUACCAUGCCGGAGAUGUAAGGGGUAUGCGAACAGUGGUCGCAAGACCACCAAGACUAGUUUCUUUAUAUUUCUCGCUCAUGUCUAAUGAAGGAUAGUGGUUGGACGAUCAUGUUUCAUACGAGAGUUCAUGGUUUAC